UAUUGAAUCAUCUCCUCUUCUCAUAUUCCCAAACAACAAACCUUCUUCAUUCUCACCCAACCAAAAUUUCAACACAGCAUUGCUAAUUAAUUUAAUUUCCAUUUCCAUGGAACUCACAAAAGAAGAAACAAUGGCACCAAAAUUACCCAUGGUGGCUAUGCUACCAUCACCAGGCAUGGGACAUCUUAUCCCAAUGAUUGAAUUCGCCAAGCGAAUUAUUCUUCACCAUAACAUUCAUGUAACCUUCAUCAUCCCCACUGAAGCUUCUCCUUCAAAAGCCCAAAUCUCUGUUCUUCAAUCUCUUCCAAAAUCAAUUUCUCACAUUUUUCUUCCACCAGUUUCUUUCGCUGAUCUUCCCUCAAACACCAAAAUUGAAACUCUCAUCUCUCUCACUGUUCUUCGUUCUCUCCCUUCUCUCCGUCAAACUUUCCGUUCCCUCUCUGAUUCUUAUACUCUCACCGCCGUUAUUGUUGACCUAUUCGGUACCGAAGCGUUCGAUGUCGCCGUCGAAUUCAACCUUCCUCGUUAUGUUUUCUAUCCUUCAACUGCCAUGGCUCUCUCCUUUUUCCUUUACCUCUCUCGUCUUGAUCAAGAGGUUCACUGCGAGUAUAACGAACUCACUGAACCGGUUCAUAUCCCCGGUUGCAUUCCGAUUCAUGGUAAGGAUUUAUUAGACCCGGUUCAGGAUAGAAAGAACGACGCUUAUAAAUGGGUUCUUCGCAACGCGGAAAGAUACCGUGAAGCUGAUGGGAUUAUAGAGAACAGUUUCGUUGAACUUGAACCGGGUCCAAUUAAAGAGUUACAAAAGGAAGAACCGGGGAAGCCACCGGUUUACCCGGUCGGACCGUUAGUUAAUAAAGAUGUGGCUCAAACCGGUUCGAAUUCAGAGUGUUUAAAGUGGUUGGAUGGUCAGCCACACGGGAGUGUUCUGUUUGUUUCGUUUGGAAGUGGUGGGACCCUCACGAGUAAUCAGAUAAUUGAAUUGGCUCUUGGGUUAGAAAUGAGUGAACAAAGGUUUUUAUGGGUUGUGAGAAGCCCAAAUGAUAAAGUUGCUAAUGCUUCUUAUUUUAGUGCUGACACACAAGCUGACCCUUUUGAUUUUUUACCAAAAGGGUUUUUGGAGAGAACAAAUAAGAGGGGUCUUGUGGUUUCAUCUUGGGCCCCACAACCACAGGUUUUGGCCCAUGGUUCAACUGGUGGGUUUUUGACCCAUUGUGGUUGGAACUCAAUUCUUGAGAGUGUUGUUAAUGCUGUGCCUUUGGUUGUUUGGCCACUUUAUGCGGAACAAAAGAUGAAUGCGGUUAUUUUAACUGAGGAUGUUAAGGUUGCAUUGAGACCAAAUGUUGGUGAAAAUGGGUUGGUUGAGAGACAAGAAAUUGCUAGUGUUGUUAAGUGUCUUAUGGAAGGUGAAGAAGGGAAGAAACUUCGCUACCAAAUGAAGGAUCUUAAAGAUGCAGCUGUUAAAACUUUGGGUGAAAACGGAACUUCUACAAAUUACAUCUCCAAAUUAGCUCUCAAGUGGAGCAACAAAUCCAAUGUCACAAAUUAAAUUAAAAGUAGCUUGCUUAUAUUAUUUAUUACUCCUACUAGCUGCAAUAACAACAUCUUGUUAAUAUUUACUUUUCAAUUAUUAAUGUUAAUAUUGAAUUGUCAAAACUCUACACA